GCCAUGGCAGCGAAAGCCCCCAAAGAGGCGGUGCAGGCGGCGGCCCGGGAGCUCCUCAACUUCAUCAACCGCGGACCCUCGCCCUUCCACGUGGUGGGCGAAUGCCGCCACCGCCUCCUCCAGGCCGGCUUCCAGGAGCUGAAGGAGACGGAGAGCUGGGAUCUUCAACCGCAGCACAAGUAUUUCCUCACCAGGAACUCCUCCACCAUCAUCGCUUUCGCCGUCGGGGGACAGUUCCGCCCCGGAAACGGGUUCAGCCUCAUCGGGGCCCACACGGACAGUCCCUGCCUCAGGGUGAAACGCCGAUCCCGCCGAGGGCAGGUGGGCUUCCUCCAGGUGGGCGUGGAGCCUUACGGCGGCGGGAUAUGGAGCACCUGGUUCGACCGAGACCUCACCGUGGCCGGGAGGGUCAUUGUUAAGUGCCCAACCUCGGGCCGUUUAGAGCAGCGGCUGGUCCAAGUGGAGCGUCCCAUCCUCCGCGUCCCGCACCUGGCCAUCCACCUCCAGCGUGGGGUCAACGAGAGCUUCGGACCCAACGCGGAGACCCACCUGACGCCCAUCUUGGCCACCGCCAUCCAGGAAGAGCUGGAGAAGGGGUCUCCAGAGCCCGCCGCUCCGGGAUCCCAGAAGGAACGGCACCAACCGGCGCUCCUGGCCCUGCUGUGUGCCCAGCUGGGCCUGACCCCCGACGACAUCGUGGAGAUGGAGCUCUGUCUGGCCGACACCCAGCCUGGGACCCUGGGCGGAGCCUACGAGGAAUUCAUCUUCUCCCCACGGCUGGACAACCUCCACAGCUGCUUCUGUGCCCUCCAGGCCCUGAUCGACUCGUGCGGAUCCCUGCCCGCUGAGCCCCACGUGCGAAUGAUCGCUCUGUAUGACCACGAAGAGGUGGGGUCUCAGAGUGCUCAAGGGGCCGAGUCCCUGCUGACGGAACUGGUUUUACGCCGCAUCUCGGCCACGGCCCAGAACCUGACGGCCUUCGAGGAGGCCGUGGCCAAAUCCUUCAUGGUCAGCGCCGACAUGGCCCACGCCGUCCACCCCAACUACGCGGAUAAGCACGAAGAGAACCACCAACCUUUGUUCCACAAGGGCCCCGUGCUCAAGGUGAACAGCAAGCAGCGCUACGCCUCCAACGCCGUCUCCGAGGCCCUGAUACGGCAGGUGGCCGCCCAGGCCGGGGUACCCUUGCAGGAGUUCAUGGUGAGGAACGACUGUGCGUGCGGCACCACCAUUGGGCCCAUCCUGGCGGCCCGGCUCGGCCUGCGCGUCCUGGACCUGGGGAGCCCUCAGCUGGCCAUGCACUCCGUGCGAGAGAUGGCCUGCACCUCGGGCGUGCUGCAGACCAUCACCCUCUUCAAGGGCUUCUUUGAACUGUUUCCCGCCGUGAGCGACAACCUGCUGCUAGAUUGAAGCUUCGGCCUCGGCCUUCCUCCCCAUUUCCGGGGCGGCGGGACCAAGAAAUCCCGGCCUGAUGGAGAACUCAACUAUUAAAAUGAAUUUUUCCCUC